AAUUGAAAGAGGGGGGGGGUUUUGCAGCGCUGCCGGGAUACGCCGAGCUCCGCCGGCCCUGCCCCGGCCCUGACCCUGCGGGCGGCCCCGGCCGCGCAUGCUCCAGGCUGGACAGCUCCUGAGAGGGAAAUUUAAAAACGGGCAGGAGCCAGACCCGGCCCCGCCGCCUUCAGCGCUCCCCACAGCCAGCACCGCGGCCCUCAGCCCCCGAGCCUUCCUCCUCUGCCGGGGGGGGGGCUUCGCCUCACUGAGGGCUUCACCUCCAACCUCUCCCCUCCCCUCACGGAGGGCCCCGAAGCGCCCGGCUGAGCCCCCGCUGAGGGCAACCAGAGGAUUCCGAGCCCCCCCCUCCUCUCCUCUUCUUCUUCUUCCUCCUCCUCCUCCUCCUCGAGGGUCGCCAGAGGGACGCCCCGCCGCGCCGGGCCCCCCCCGAGGGCCGCCAGGAGAUGAUAGAGAGCGAUCUCCCGUGCAUCAUGUCAGGAGGCGUUAGGAACGCAGGGCAGAGCCUCCACCCAUCGCAGGAGUACAGGCUCUUAGCUUCUGACCCCUCCCAGCUGAGCGAAGAUGACCUCCCCAGUGACUUGCAGUCCUUGUCGUGGCUGACAUCUGUUGAUGUUCCUCGUUUACAACAGAUGGCCAGUGGAAGAAUGGAUUUUAGCCUUGGCGCUCAGAAUGCAUUGCUACAACAGACAGGUCCUGUGGCAAGCAAUAUGCACUCCUCAGGAGCACCUGGAGCAAUGAUUCAUGUCCAGGCCAGCCUGCCACAGGGAAUCCUGGGUUUGAAUUUUAUUUCAACACAUGGAGCAAAUAUGAGCCAGUACCCUGUAGGUGGGCAGCCAUCUCCUGGUUUACAGACACAGCAACAACUCUUCCCUCCUCCUCAUUCACAGCAAGUGUUUGCUAUGGCCCAGAACACACCACAGUGCAACCCAGCAGCAAUCUACAACCCGCCCUAUGGGACCCAGACACAUUAUUCUCAGCCACGCCUGGCUCCUCACUCUGCCCAGGAACUGCAUCCGAAACAUUACCCCAAGCCCAUCUAUUCGUAUAGUUGCUUGAUUGCAAUGGCUCUGAAGAACAGCAAAACCGGCAGUCUCCCUGUGAGCGAGAUCUACAGCUUCAUGAAGGAGCACUUCCCCUACUUCAAGACAGCCCCCGAUGGCUGGAAGAAUUCCGUGCGCCACAACCUGUCCCUCAAUAAGUGCUUUGAGAAGGUGGAGAACAAGAUGAGCGGCACCUCUCGCAAAGGGUGCCUGUGGGCUCUCAACCCUGCCAAGAUUGACAAGAUGGAAGAGGAGAUGCAGAAGUGGAAGCGGAAGGACUUAGCUGCCAUUCACAGGAGCAUGGCUAACCCAGAGGAGCUGGACAAGCUGAUCACUGACAGACCGGAGAACUGCAGGCGGCCCGGCAAACAGGCGGAGGGCGAGGUCUCCACCCUGACCCACCUGGCAGCAGCCCAGGGCCGGAUCUCCAUCUCCCAGCUGCAGCCCCAGCCCAUCAUGACGCUCUCGCUGCAGUCCAUCCCCCUGCAUCACCAGAUCCAGACCCAGGCUCGCAUCGCUCCCACUCAGCCGGCACCUGCCCAAACGCCUCCUCUCCACGCUCUGCCUGACAUGAGCCCCAGCCCCCUUCCCCACCACCCCCUGGGCCGCCCACCUCCCGACUUCCUGACCGUGAGCGCGGACAUGAACACAGAGGUGGAUGCCCUGGACCCAAGCAUUAUGGAUUUUGCGUUACACGGUAACAUAUGGGAGGAAAUGAAAGAUGACAGCUUCAGCCUUGACACCCUGGGUGCCUUCAGCAACUCCCCGCUGCACCUCUCAGACUGUGACCUAGGCACUCCCGGCCUCACCCCUGCGUCCAGCGGCAGCGACCACUCCUUCUCAGACUUGCAGGUCACGGGCCUUUACACCACCUACACGGCCCUGGACAACGUGGCGGCGGCAGCUCAGUACAUGAACCCCCAAGGCAACAAGCCCAUCGCUCUGCUCUAAGUUUUGCACCAUUCCACGGACCUCUAACUCGGGGGCCAGUUUCUCCCACCCCUUAAAACCUGACCCUGAAAGCAAUAAAACAGCUCCUCCUACAGACACGUGGAAGGUGUUGGCUAUUUACUGGGACGCAGCGUGUGAUGCCAAAAUAACUCGAGCUGGUGGCUGUAGAGCUUCUUUCACCCAUGCCAGGAGCGAGGAAGGGGCAUGGACGGUCAGUGUUGCAGGACUGGAGAGCUCUUAAGGACUUGGAAAACAUCAAUCAGGAGGAACUUUUACUAGAAUGCAGCUGAGCUAAAGACGAGCCCAGUUAAGGAAAAUGCAUUUACCUGGCACUGUGACCUGGACGUUGAUGUUGUCACACACACAGCAGCCAGCGCAAGCCAACGGGCUGCUCAGCACCACGGUGAGGUCCAGAAGAGUUGAUCUCGUACCACAUUCACCUUUUUUCUUCAAUUGCCAAAAGACUGUUGCCAUCGAACAAAGCUCACAUACAGCCUCUGGAGACACUUGCACCUCUAACACUAUUUUGACGUGACUAUUGCUAAUUUAUUGUUAUGAGAUAGCAAAAAGGAGCAAAAAAAAAAUAAUAAUGAAAAAGCAAAUCUAUAGCAGACAACUGUUAUAUCUAGGGUUAAAAACAAAGUCCUUACCCAUGAAGGAAUUGGUACUACUGAAUUAUGAAACUGAUCACUGGCUAGAUGUUUUUAGGAAUUAUGCCUAUUUUUAGGAUUUUUUAAAAAAACUAGAUUUCUUUGUAGUACUGUGUAUCGUGUUUCUGUCUAUUCUCGUGCUAGGCAGUAUUACUAUUUGUAAAUUUAUUUAUAUUUAUUGUUAUGAAAAGAAAUUAUGUAAACUGAGCACUGUUCAAUUUUUUAAAAUGCUGCAGUAACCUGUUUUACAUCAACUAAAUUAUUCAUAUUCAAAAAUGCAUAAAUUUUAAUCGCUGUUUGUUACACUACAUUUCUUUUAAAUAAGCACUUUUGAUACUGUGAAACUCAUGUUUUUUUUAAAAAAAUCAGAGACCAAAUAUUGUAACUGUUCCAUACCAAUUCAGAAUCGUCUUCCUGUUCUGAUGAAUCCAAGUAAAACUGAUUCUAAUUUAGAUUUUUAGAUUUACAAGCUCUGCUGGAUACUUGGUAACACACACUGCAAAAAAAAUAAUAAUUGAUGAAACAGUAAAACAAAAAAAAAAGAGAACUGUAAGUUGAAAUGUAGCAUUUAGUCUACUUAUACCUCUGUGACCACGAAUAAUAUUUAUAUCUCGUGUUUUGUCUGUUCCUGUUUGUUAAUAGAGCUUCCAGGUGUCGUGCACGUGGCUGGGGCUGGCCCGAGGCAGAAAGCCUCUCCAGCUGAUGUCCAGGUACUAAACACCCACCACAGACCCAAACUUCUUCACAGGUCCCCCCGGGAGGCUGCAGCAGCCCCAGAGCGGGUUCUUCGUGCUGAAAAUCGCGGUGGUGAGGGUCAGGGGCCAGGAAUUGUUGCGUGGCCGCAUCUUCCAAGUGCACACAGCCAUGGCAGCCCCUUCCAAACGGGCACGAUGGUCCAAAUCGUAAUUUAUUGUUCAAGAACAAAUGUGAUUAAUGAUCAUUUGCUGUGACUGGUUUCAUCUACAAUGUCUUCAUUUUUUAAAAAAUAAAUAUUAUUUCUUAGCAUUAAGCCCAGGUCAUUCUAGGUGUGCUGCAUCUCAAUUACUCCAGUGCCAAGCAGGUGGCGC